CAGCGUCACGUGCCGUCGAGUCACGUGACCGUGGUCGAUUUGACUCGACAUCUUUCAGCGACGUUGAAGUCAGACAUUAAGAUUCACCUUUGGCUUGAUUUUGUCUUCUCGACCCUUUUGGACUUUGGGGUCGGCCCCGUGGACGAUUACGCGCGAGUCAGGGGCACGCAUGCGCCCGAGAGACCUUCCUCUUCACUGACGUCAUCGGCCGCAACCUCCGUCACGCUAUGGCGCUGGCGUGGUGCCCGCUGUUCUUGAGUUUGCUGGGCGCAGGCGCGGCGCUGGUGUGUCCCGACGGCGUCGUCUGCCAGGACGGAAGCGGGUGCUGCGAGGACGUCCCGGGCCGAUACGGGUGCUGCCCUUUGCCCGCCGCCCCGUGCCGCUCCGACGCCCAGCAGACCGGGCGGGCGUCGGCCGUGAUGUGCCCGGACCGGCAGACCGAGUGCCCGGACGCCACCACGUGCUGCCAACUCCCCGACGGCUCGUGGGGGUGUUGCCCGUUGGCCAAGGCGGUGUGCUGCGACGACAAGCGCCACUGCUGUCCCGAGGGAAGCGCCUGCGACCUGUCGCGCUCCAUCUGCGUGUCGGCGGCGGGGAGAGACUGGCGAGGUUGGCGACCCCUGGCGGAAAAACUUCCCGCCCGGCCUCAUCUCGCCGCUCCGGUGGUGUGUCCCGACAAGGCGUCGACGUGCCCCGACGAGACGACGUGCUGCCAGACGAGCUCGGGCGGGUACGGCUGCUGCCCCAUGCCCGACGCCGCGUGCUGCUCGGACCGCCUCCACUGCUGCCCACACGGCACCGAGUGCAACUUGGCCGCCGGGACCUGCGACGGGCCCGCGACGACGAAGCCGCGGGAGGAGGGGACCGGUCCCGCCGACGUGAAGAGCGUCGGCGAGCGGGAUCGCCGCCCGCCGCCGCAGGCGGCGUCCCACGGCCGGCCCCUCCCCCGAGGACGGCUCGCGGUCCCCUGGCUCGCUAAAACGCCCGCCGCCGCGCGCCCGGCGGCCGUCGCCGACGUCAAGUGCGACGACAAGAGCAGCUGCGCGGCGGGCACCACCUGCUGCGAGCUGCCCACCGGGGAGUGGGGCUGCUGCCCGCUCGUCAAGGCCGUGUGCUGCGCGGACCGGGAGCACUGCUGCCCGCAGGGCUACUCGUGCAACAUGGAGACGGGCACGUGCGAGAAGAAGACGCACGCGCCGUCGGACACGACCGUGCCCUGCGACGCGGCGGCGACCUUCGCCUGCGCCGCGCGGGAGACGUGUUGUCGGACCGGCGCCGCGCACUGGGCCUGCUGCCCCCUGCCCCAGGCGGUUUGCUGCGCCGACAUGAAGCACUGCUGCCCCGCCCCGUUCUCCUGCCACCCGAGCGGCGGCUGCGUCCGGGCGCCGCCCGCUUGAGACGGACGGUUCCUGCGUCAACGGGAAGUCGAAUUCACUUGGCCGCUUUUGGCGUUGUGAUCCGAAAGACGAUUUGAUCACGUGACCGCCGCCGGCCGCUCAUCUUUUGGUUGUCACCUUAGCAACAACUCAAAAGUGCUUGGAAUGAGUUGAAUUUCAAUAAAAAUCAUACGUCUGAA